AAACUCUCAGGCCGCCCAAGAGGACAGAUAACGUGUGUGGAGCCUAGAAAGCAGGGAGUGUGGCUGUGUAGGAAAGAAGCCGGAGCCCUUCCCUGAGCCUGCCUGGACGCAGAGGCCCGGAGCACCAAUCGACCAUGGUGCGCGCGCCCUGCUGGUUGCUGCUGCUGCUGCCGCCAGUGCUGUGCGUCUCGGAGACCGCACUAGAGCCCUGCGAAGUAGACGACGAGGAUUUCCGCUGCUUCUGCAACUUCACGGAUCCGGAGCCCGAGUGGUCUAGCGCCUUCCAGUGCGUAAGUGCGGUCGAGGUGGAGAUCCACGGCGGCGGCCGCAGCCUGGAACAAUUCCUAAAAGGAGCAGACACGGACCCGAAGCAGUACGCUGACAUGGUCAAGGCUCUGCGCUUGCGGCGGCUCACAGUGGCCUCCGCGCAGGUUCCCGCUGUCCUUGUGGCCGCCUUCUUGCGGGCGCUGGGGUACUCCCGCCUCAAGGAACUGACGCUCCAGGACCUGGAGGUAACCGGCGCCAUGCCGCCGCCGCCUCGGGAAGCCGCUGGGCCUGCGCUCUCUACCCUCGGUCUCCGGAACGUGUCGUGGGCAACGGGUGGUGCCUGGCUCACCGAACUGCAGCAGUGGCUGAAGCCGGGCCUCAAGGUACUGAGCAUUGCGCAAGCACACUCGCUUGCUUUUUCCUGCGCACAACUCAGCACCUUCCCGGCACUCACCACCUUAGACCUAUCCGACAAUCCCCGACUGGGCGAGCGCGGACUGACAGCAGCUCUCUGUCCGCACAAGUUCCCGGCCCUCCAGGCUCUAGUUUUACGGAACACCGGGAUAGAGACGCCCAACGGCGUGUGCUUGGCGAUGGCGGUGGCGGGUGUGCAACCCCACCGCCUAGACCUCAGCCACAACUCGCUGCGCGCCACCGCCCCAGGCGCUCCUGGGUGUGUCUGGCCCAGCACACUGAACUCUAUAAACUUGUCCUUCGCUGGGCUGGAGCAGGUGCCUAAGGGACUACCGGCCAGGCUUAGCGUGCUUGAUCUUAGGUGCAACAAGCUGAACAGAGAGCCUCGGCCAGAAGAGCUGCCCAAGGUCAGUAACCUGGCACUGGAUGGGAAUCCCUUUCUGGACCCUGAAGCCUUCAACUACCAAGAAGAUCCGAUGAAGUCUGGCGUGGUUCCAGCCUGUGCGCAUUCGGCCCUGGCGGUGGGGAUGUCAGGAACCUUCGUGGUGUUUCAAAGGGUGGGAGGCUUCACCUAAGGCCCACGAGAGACAAAUGAAUUGGCUCGGAUUGCCCUGGCUCCAGGGAAGCCUUAUCGGGACGUCUUUUUUUUUAACCAACCAACCCUCUGCCCCAUCUUCAUUAAAAUCUGAAACAACGA